AUGGAAGCUGUCCUUGACGAUGUUCGGCUGUGUGAGGCUAUGGCCCUCGCUCUUACACAUCCCCAGCUUCAUGCUGCACACAAUACGCAGCUUCCGAGCUUAUCAUUGCUCUCGCCAGAUGCUAUUGUCGCGGCUGUCAAUGUCCUCGCUGAAGCGCCCUUCAAGCCGCAUGUGGUUCAUCUCGCCGCUGCUCUCGCAUCAGCCUGGCUCCUCGCUCUCGCUGAGCUGCCGGAUGAUGCUCAGCUCGCCGGCCUUGCCGACCCGCUCUUGGGGCUUCUCUCGCUCGCCGACCGCGUCUCGUCGCGCGUCCGCAGAUCGGCCCCGCUUGCUCUCCGCUUCUACGCUGCCGAGCUGACUGCCGCUGUCCACGCCCUCGAGGCGCGUCUGCUUGGCACCGCCGCCCCGGCCCCACUUCUGGACGAGGCACUCUCCGCUGCGCUUGGCCCGAAGGCUGAUAUUCCGCUAGCACUCAAUCAAGUCCUUGCUGCUCCGUCAGCCUGGUAUGGUGCUGUCUUGCUCGUCCGCGCCGCCACCCCUUCACUACUGAGCCCCGCGCCGCACGCCGCCGCCGCCGUCCUCGUCGCCCUCGACGCCGCUCGCGCCAACCUUGCCAGUAAGGUCCUCAUCAGCACCUGCCAAGCUCUUGCCCUUGCUACCGCUGCCUGCCCGUCUGUCGAUCGUGCUGUCGCGCUCGUGGCCGGCUCCAGCGCUUCCGGUGGCCUCCCGCUUGGCCUCGCUGACCUCGCGGUCUACGAUGCAUGCCAUGCUGCGAACCACAACGCAGACGUCUGCUCUGCUGCUUCCGCCGCCAUCGCAUUUGUUCGUUCCGAGCUCCCGACCCCACGCCCCGCGCUAGCGGCCGCGCUCGCCGACGCUGAAUCGCUCAACGCACCCGCCCCCACCGGCAACAUCGGAUACGCUGCCCAGGUCGAGGCCGCUGCCGCCAUCGCUGAACCAGCUUACGCCGACUCGCUUGCCAAGCACCUCGCCGCCCGCGAGCAAGAUCUCGAGGUCAAGCUGCAGAAGACCGCCGCCUCGCUCUCGGACGAGGUAGUCCACUCGGCGACGCUCACUCAGGAUCUAGCCUCGACCCGUGCCGAACUGGACGAGUACAAGGCCCGCCAUGCCGCAGCAUGCUCUCGAGUUGAGGAGCUCGAGGCGACUACAACUGGUCUCGCGGCAGAGCUUGCCGAGACUCGUGACGCACUCGCCGCCCAAACUCGUGCCACGCGUGCCGCAGAGCUCCUCCGCACAAUGGCCGAGGCCGAGCUUUUGUCGCGUUCUAGCCAGCCCGUCUCGGCGCCGCCGACGCCACCGCGGUCUCCAUCGCCGACGCCUCGUCAUGAAAUCGGCGUCACGCACCUCCAGGCUCUCAAUUCGCGACUCGAGCUUCUGCAGGCUGAAAACGCCGAGUUGCUCAAGGCCAACAAGAAGGCGUCGGGCCUCCGUGCUCGCCUCCGUCAGGUCCAGGCAGCCAACGAUGAGCUCGAAGAUGCCAUGGCUGCUACCCGCUCCGACGUUGUCGCCGCCCAAGUCCGCCUCACCUCGCUAGAAAAGGCUCUCACCGGCGAGAUGCUAGCCCAUGACAACACGCUCGCUUCCCACCUCGCCACCCUUGGCGAUCUGCUCCGCACGCUGGACGCGCCGCUUGCCGACUCGCUCUCGGCAUCGUCAACGCCACAGCUCGGCUCCAAUGCGUCGACGCCAUCCGAGGGCGCAGACGUGCUUGACAGGCUGCGUCUUGUCCAGUGGCGCCGCGAGCACGUCAUCCAGCAGAUCCAGAUCCAGGCUCAUCAGCUCGAGGACCUCCUUGCCCGCCUCUCCUCGUCGGUUGUCGCGCAGUCGACCUCGAUCGACAGCCUCACCUCGCGCCUCGAGCUCGUCGACGCCGCCCGCCGCGAAGCAGACGCCCAGGUCGGCCAGCUCACCGAACACCUCAACGUGGGCCUUGCCCAGGAAGCCUCCCUUCUCGAGGGCAAAGAGGCUGCCGAAAAGGCACUUGAUGACCUCCGGUCAUCGCUAUCUGCCGUCGUUGCCAACCAGGCCGCUGCCACCUCGCUCACCACGUCGCGCUCCUCCGCCUCGUCUGCCUUGCUCACCGCCGCCAUCUCCAAAGCAUCGGACGUGGCUGCGCAGCUGACUCUCGAUGCCGCCUCGACUCAUGCCGCUCUCGAUGCCCUCACAGUAGCAGACAGCGAUGCCACUACCGUCGCGGCAUCCUCGCUGGCACUCUCGUCCACCCUUGCCGCGCACGAGCCGCCGGCAGUCCAGGAGUCGCUUGACGAGCUUGAUGCCGAGUAUCAAGCCGCCCUGGACGCCUUUCGGUCUCUCCAGGACUCGCUCCCAGAAGAGACAGACGUCCGCGACACGCUUGUUGCCCAGUCGGAGCUCCUCGGCAAGCUGGCCCGCCUGGGCGCCGAGCGGCAGGCCGUGCUCGAAACCGCACUCUCCAAUGCACUGGCCUCUGUUGCUGCCACCCAUGACAGCACCCAUGCCGCCACCGAAGACCGCAUCGCCGCGCUCGCCGCCCGGAUCGAGGCUGCCAGGGCGUCGUCCGCUGAUGGCCGCGACGCGCUCCUCGCUUCAAGGCAAGAUGCCGCCCGGCUGCUGGAGCACAUGUCCAUGAUGCAAGGGCUUUUGCUCGCCGAGCAGGUCUCAGCGUUCAAGACGCUGCAAGCUCGCGAAGCCGACCUACUCGCCCUCCUCUCAUCGGUGGCGGCAUCGCCGUCCGAGACCUCGUCUGUGCGCGCAAGCUGGGACGAAUACACUUUGUCGCUUGCCGAGUUUGAGGCCCUCGUUUCGGUUCCGGAUCUCGAGCCAGCCUUUGCGGUUGUUGCCGAGGCUGAGGCUGAGACUACCGCUGCGCGCGCUGCCCAGCUCUCGGCCUCCUCGGCCUUGCUCGAUGUCAAGAUUGCCGCACUCCGGGCCGCCGCGGGUGCCCUCGAGAACACCCUCAACGACUCGGCCUCGGCCCUCAAUCGCUCGGCCUCGUUUGAUGCCGUCUCGUUUGAGUCGGCCCAGGCUGCGCUCCACGCCGAAGCCGACGCUGACGCCCAGCUUGAUGCCCUUCGCGCUCAAGCCGAGGCCAAUGUUGCGGCAGGAAACGCCGUCGCCAACUUUAUUGCGCGCGUUGCGGCCGAGCUGGCCGCUACCGGCUCGCCGCUCGACCGCGCCCUCGCCAACGUUGACGCCGCCCGUGCCUCAGUCAACGCUGCCGCGCUCUCCCAAGCCACCGCUGCCAAGGAGACCGCCAACGACGCUGUUGCAGCCAUGCUCCAGCAACUCUCCGGCGCGACGUCCAAGGGUGUCAAGGCCCGCAUCCGGCUGGAGACCUCACUCGCUACGUCGCGCGCCGAGGCUACCGCUGCGGCCUCGCGCUCCGCUGCUGCUGCCAAGCUUGCACUUCUUGACCGCCUCGCUGCCGCCCUCACCGACGCUGCCCCAACCUCUGAAGCUGCUGUCGAGGCUGUCAUUGCCGACUUUCGCGCCGAGCACGUUGCUCGGGCGAGCGAAGCCGACGAGACUGCAACCCAGCUGGCAGCCGCCGCGCUGGCGGACCACCAGGCACGACUCAAGACCAUCGACGACCCGCAGCUCUUUGAUGCCACAAUGGCCGAGAUUGCCGCGCUCAAGACCCGGGCCUCGCAUGCUCACUUUGAGCGACUCGACGAGCUCCACACCCAUGUUGCGCUCAUCGAGUCGGCGUCGGUCGCCAACGUCCUUGCCCGCGCCGACGCUGUCCAAGCCGCCACUGCCAAACUCCUCGCCGAGUCUGCCGCCGCCACAGAGCGGUCCGAGCUCGAUCUUCGCACCCAGCUCCAAUCCAAGCUCACGGGCAUCAUGGCCGAGCUGGAGACCAAGAAGCUAUCCGAGCGCCGACAGGGCCAGCUGCUGGCUGCCAUGGCCGAGGCCAAGGCGCGGUCCGUGGCCGAGAUCGAUGCUCUCCACCACGCCCAUCAGCGUUGCGCUGCCGCCGCCGAGGCUCUCUUAGCAUCGUCCUGCACCGCCGCCGUCGCCCAGUCCUCGCCGCUCCCGCAGUACACGCGGAGUCUGGCGUCGGCGCUUCGUGACGCCGCCACCGACGUGGGCGGCGAAGCCCGCAAGCUCCGCGACUCGCUCACCAAGACGCGCCUCGAUAGCGCGAGCGUCCGCAGCGUCCUCCACGCCGUCGAGGAGCUCUCGGAGCGGUAUGAGGCCGAGCUCGAUCGCAUCCACGACGCCGGUCAUGAUCAGCUCGCCGCCGAGCUCUCGGCCUCGCAAAAGGCCACGUCUGCCAAGGUCUCGCACAUUGCCAACAAGCUCCGUGCAGCUCGCGAGGCCGCCAUGGACCGCGGCGCGCGCAAUCUCGACAUGCUCAAGCUGCAGCUCGCCGCUGGUCCGUCCGCCUCUCGCUCACCGCGCGGCGUGGCGCUUGCCGCCGACGCCACCGAAGAGCUCGCCGGUCAGCUCGGCGAAGUCCAGGACGAGCUCUCGCGGGUCCGCCACGAGGCCAACGAGUCGCAAUUCCAGCUCCACCGACUGCACGCACUCACCACGGCGCAGCUGCGGAGCAUGGCUGACGACGACGGAGACGCGCCGUCGCCAAAUGGUACCGAGCCUGACUACUUUGCCUACACCAUUGGCGCAAGUCUUGCCCAGGCGCUUGCCGAUGCCGACGCACGGAUGGCGAGGCUGGCACUCGCACACAAGGCGGAAAAGUCGGUUCUCGAGGCCCGGCUUGCCGAUGCUGGAUCUGACGGUGAAGCGCGCGCUGUAGAGGCCGCGCUCGAGGACAAGGCAAUCAUCCACGAUGCGGUCCACGCCGCCCAUGUUAUUGUCCGGCGCGCCAUUGUCGAUGCGCAGGGCGUGCCGCCCACCCAGGCAGCACGUGCUCUCCGUGAGGCGCGCGGCCGCCUCGCCGACAUCUACGCCGCCAAGGCCGAGGCAUACACGACAGGCAUGACCGCGACGCUGGCCGGCGUUCAGGCCGAACUGGCUGUGGCCGAGCCGGGCUCGGCCCGGGCCAAGGUCCUUACCCAGCGGGUUGAUGACCUUCAGCGCGAAGCGAAUGUCUGGCACCGCGCCGCCGAGACCGGCAGGACUGCCGCCGACGGACAGCUUGGUCGGUUGCUCGAGUUUAUGAUGGAGGCCGAGGCGGCACAGGACGACGCGGAGCGAGUAGCCGCCGACUCGGUCGUUCGACGGGUGGCGCAGCGCGAGCGGUCGGCGUCGCGCGAGACCGAGGCCCUGCUCCGGGCCAUGCCCGGCUCGCAGAGCGACGGUCCGGCGGCAGCGCGGACAGUGGCGCAUCUUCGCCAGCGCCAGACCCGCAGCAACUCGAUCCACUCUGCGCACCUGGCCGCUGUUCGUGAGCGGCUCGACGAGCUCAAAACUGUGCAGCCAUCGCCCAACCUCAACGAAUCGCGGAGGAUGUUUGCCGAGACGCAGCGCGCGCUGCAUCAGAUGGUGGCGCUCGCCGACGAGCACGCCAUUGAGCAGGAUGCCCGCAUCGCGUCGUUGGUGGACCAGCUCGCGCUGGCCACCAAGGAGCGUGCGGUGCUAGCCGCCGACGCGCGCGAGCUCCGGGAGUCGCGGACCCAGCUCGCAGCCCAGGUCUCGCGGCUCUCUGCGCUCCACGAGGCUGACCUCAAGGCGCAGGCCUCGUCGCUCGACGCGCUGCUGACCGAAAUGACGUCUGCGUCGGGUGUCGCGCCGACCGCCGGUCCCCGGUUUGAGGACAUGGCAGCGGAAGCGCCGUGGCAGGCCCGGACUCGGGCACAGCCGCAGGCUCAGGCGCAAGAGAACCACACCCAGCCUGAUGAUGACACCCCGCUUGUGGCGACUCUUGCGCCGGCGUCUGUCGUCGCUGCCCCCGCUCCUGCGCUCCCCGCGGCUUCGCUUGACGACGUCCUUGGCGUGCUAGGGGACCACUACGAGGCGCUGCGAGAGGCUAACGCGCUUUCGACGAGUGCCAUGCUCGCUGACAUUGCGACGCAUGCGGCACAGGCUGGCGCCGGGCCGGUGCAGGCUCAGGUGUGUGCUGAGCUCAGCCGAGCAGCCGAGGCAGCUGGCGCCGAACGCGACAGCGUGCUUGUGGCCAAGAUCGAGUUUUUGGCGCGGGCCAAGGCUGAAGCCGGAGUGUGGGCGGCGGCGAGCGGUGCGCCGCUCUCGGAUCUGGGUGCUCUCCUGACUGCGGCGAGCCAGCGAGUUCAGGGCGAGUUCGAGGCAACAUCUGCUGAGGUGGCACGGGCGGCCGACGCCGAAAUUGCGGCGCUCUCGCGCCAGCUGCUCGAGGUGACUAAGCCUGCGCAGCAGGCCAAGCUGAUGGCCAAGCUCGAGGGUGCGCGCGAGGCCAAGGCUGCUUCGCUGGCGAGCCUCGAUGCGAGCAACGACGUUGCUGCCGACGUGCUCUCGGACAUGCUUGCCGAACACCGUGCUGCGAUGGUGCCUGCCGAGGUUGCUGUGAAGAUGGGUGUGCCAGCGCCAGAUGCGGCCGAGACUCGGGCCCGCGUGGCUGCGCUGCGCGAGGCGCUGGCUGCUUGUGAAUCGAGCGGUCGAGCCGACUUGGCCGAGACCCGGCGGAUUGUGCUCGAGGCCGAGGAGGUGGCGCGGGCCCAUGAUCAUGGGCUGGUGGCGCGGGCGUCGGCGGUCGAGCACGCCGUGGCUCGGCUCAAGGGUGCCGAGCUGGAGGCCGGCAUGGAGGCUGCCGCCGAAUGGCGGCAGGCUGCGCACGCCACAUCGAUCGACAUGGUCAAGACGCUGCGCGACGAGCUGGCGGCGAGCAAGGCAGCACUUGCGGAGCUCGAGGUCCGGACCCAGACAACCUCGCAGUCACUGCUCAACACCAGACGCGAGCUUGAUGAAGAACAGAGUCAGCUGAACCAAUCCCGGAAGACGUUGGACGAGACGAACCAAGUGCUACAGGCUACUCAAGAUGCGUUGGCCAUGCUUGACAGCACGCUAGCGGAGCAGGCGAGCAGCGCUUUGGCCGACCUCAAUGCUGCAUUGGCGAAUGCUGGCCUCGACGAGGCGCGCGCCGCGGGAUCUUCGGCACUGUUUGAGGUAUCUAGCCGACCCGAGAGCUCGAGCGCCGCUGUGGCCGACGCGCGGCGGCUGAGCAAGUCCGGCACGAGCGUGGCUGACACGUUUGCGACGCUGGAGGCCGGCCUGGCACGGAGCACGGAGGCUAUUGCGAGCCUCUCGGAAGCGCUGCGAACGAGCGAAUCGGGGCUUGACACUAGUCGGGCGCGCUGCCUUGCGCUGUUGGGCGAGCGCGAUGCGGCGCUUGACGCGGUCGAUGACCUUGCGGCCAUGCUUCGGUGGUAUGCGGCCGAGGCUGUUGACGCCGGAAGGUCGCGGGUGGGCAUGCUCGAUGAGCUGCGGGUAGCAGUGAGCAACGCUGACGGCGUGGCCAACAACGAUGUGGCGGUCAACAAGACCGAGACCGAGCUCUGUCGCAAGGCUCACGGCGUCACCUCCUGGCUCCGCGAGCCGCUGCUGCCUGUGCCGUUCGAGGCUGCGCUGGCGUCGACGAUCCGGCUGCUAGAAAGCCAAGCCGAGGUGCUGGGUCGGUUGGCAGAGGUCGAGUCUAGCGUCGGCGAGAGCUUGGAUGUGGCAGAUACAACGCUGCUGGUGCCAGCGGGUGGGGCGAAGGCGGUGGCUGAAAGCCUGGUGGCAGCCAGGGUCGUCGCGGAAGCGCUGUCCAACUCGCCGACACCCGCACAGGCAAUCGAUGCGCUCGAUGAGGUGGAGGCCAAGGCUGGACAGACCGAGGGCGGGCGACAGGUAGUUGCAAUGCUGCGCCACCUUGUUUCCGGCCAACGCGCGCUGGCGCCGCAAGCGUACGUGCGGCGGUGGGCAUACCAACUCGCGCGAAGCCGCGCCGAUAGCGCACGGGUCUCCCGCGUGCUCGACAAGGUGCAUGCUGUGGGCGGCGGCGAGCGCGGGCUGCGGCUUGCGCGGACUCUCCUCGGCGUGCCUCCCGAGGUAACCGAGGCCGAGACAAGCCGGCAGACCGAGGCGAUGCACGAGGCCAACAGUGUGUGCAAGCACGUGUCGGAACAGGCUCACAGUGUGAUGGCCGGGCUCGAGGCGGCAGGCGACGAGGGCGCGGCUGCUGUCCGCGAGGUGAUCCGCGAGCACGAUGCGGCUGCGGCGGAGCGGCUUGACUUGCUUGCGCACCUGCAAGCUGUGCUCCGAUCCGAGAUCGAGGCCGAGGAUCUCGGGCAGGGUCACGACGCGGACGACCACUCGGACGUGGAAGACAACGUCGUUGCGGUGCGGAGCGGCGACGGUCAGCUAGUUCCGCUCACCGUGAGCGCGGCGACCGUGGACGAGGUCGAGCCCGCGGCGAUGAUGCUGCGGCGGCGGCUGCGGGGGCUUGCGCACGAGCCAGGUCACAGCGUCGAAUCAGCGGUGGAGGAGGUGGACGCAGUGUUUGAAGGCCUCCCGUCAGAGCAUCCCGCCGUGCUAGGCGCCAAGCUCGAGAGCGUGCGCGUUUACCACGCGCAGCGGCGAGCGGCCAACGCCACUGCGCUGCUCCAGGCGUCGCAGCAGCUUGCCAAAGCGCAGUCGAGCGUCCGGCUCGACGGCACGGUCUCGCCGGGCCUCAUGCGGACGGUGAAGAACGCCAAGGCGGCACUGCAGCGCGAGUUGAAGCGGGCCCAGACCGAGACGGCGCUGCUGCAGGAGAUCGAGGCAGAGACCAAGGCCAGCAUCGCAUCCGAGUCGCUGCGGGUGGUGAGCAAGGAGGAGGAGGCGCUCGGGCCGGAUGAGCUGCAGCAGCUGGUUGGCUCGCUCAAGUCCCGGGUCCGCCGGCUGGCGCGGCUGGAAGAAGUGCAGGUGAGCAACCAGAACGCAAGCGGUGAGGUGGUCUCGGCCGUCUCGGCCCUGCUCCUUGACGAGAUGGAUGCGACCCGGCGGCUGCAGCACGAGAAGCAGAUGAUGGAGGAGGAAGCGGCGGCGGCGGAAGAAGACAAGGCGCAGCUGGCGCACUCGCUGUAUGCAGCACAGAACGAGCUGGCGUCGUUCAAGGCCUCGGCCGAGCACCGCAAGGCCAUUGCGGUCAUGGAGUCGCGGCUGGAGGAACUCGAGGCAGCGGCGGCGGAGGAUCCGGACAACGCCGAGCUGCAGGCGGCGCUGGCCGCGCUCCGCGACGAGCUGGCAGCCAAGGAGGCCGAGUACGAGUUGGAGCUUGCGCUAGCCAAGGAAAUCGAGGCCGGCUUCCUCGCCGUCAAGCAGAAGAUCCACGUGACCGGCCGGAAGGAACGCGCCGCGCUCGAGAACGAGCGCGCGCAGUCUGCCGCCAUGUACGACGAGCUGCUGGUAGAGGUCGAGGAUCUCGAGGCCAAGGUUGUUGCACUCGACGCCGAAAACUCAACGCUCAAGCGCAAGCUCUUCCAGCAGGGCCGCCGGCUCUCGACCUCGUCAGGCUCGGUGGCCAACGAGGAGUCGCGCCUGGCGGUCAUCGCCGCCGCGCGGGCCGCCCGCGAGAAGCAGGUCUCGCUCAAGGCCAAGGUCACCGAGCUCGAGUCAAUGCUGCGGGUGAAAAGCGCGAUGAAGCCGCGCGCGGCGGCGGCGAGGAGCCUCAACGCUACCCCGUGAGGCUGUGGCAAUGAAUGCGUAUGUGCGCACGUGGUCGUGGGUGACGGUUGUGCACCAAUUACAAUUUUUUUGCCAUUGGUCGCACCCAAAUCAUACAACUCCCCCCGCAGCUGCUGAUCUCGCUGGCCG